UCACAUAUUGGUUGGGCCAAAAAAAAAAUCACAUAUUGGUUAGAAAAUAUUAUUAGAGAUAUAUAAUUAGUUACUAGCAACUAACUAUAUCUCUAACAAAUAAAAAAAAGCAAUGGAAUUCAUUGAUUUUCUCUUUGCAAUGAAACCUCUUUUUCCAAUACUAAUAGCAAUUGGUUUAGCUGGUUUUAUCAUCAAAAUCCAUGGCAUUAGAAAUUUUGACAAGAAAAGAAAAUAUCACCCUGUUGCUGGCACAGUCUUGCACGAACUGUUCAACUUUCAUAGGCUGCUUGAGUACUCGACUGACAUCACAAGCAAACGAAAAAUUUAUAGGUUGCUUAGCUUCAAUAGAAGUGAAGUGUACACUUCAGAUCCUGCUAAUAUUGAGCAUAUACUGGCGACGAACUUCUCAAACUAUGGCAAGGGUUGGUAUCACCAUAGUGUCUUGGAAGAUCUACUGGGAGAUGGUAUAUUUACAAUAGAUGGAGAGAAGUGGCGACAUCAGCAAGCUAUCAAUUCUCAACUAAGUUAUUGAGAGACUUCAGCAGCUCACUGUUUAAAUCUAAUGCGGUAAAACUUGCAGGUAGAGCUGUCAAAACGGGCCGACCUGAAAGCCCGAAUAAAAUAUAGGGCUUGGGCCUAAUAAUUGCAGCCCGAAUUUUUCCAGGGCUUUUUAGCUCGGCCCGAAAAAGCCCGGAGCCCGUUCGGGCCACGGGCAGCCCGCAAAAAACAUUAGGUUCACACCACUUUAAUUUGUGGCAUAAAUAAUGGAUCAAGUAUAUAUAAUGGAUCGAUCUUUUCCAACCCUUCCUCUCCUUGAAUAAUUUUCUAACAAGGACUUGAGGUGAGAACAUUUAUUUUUCCAAAAAGAUGCCAGCAAGGUUAUCAAAUUCUCCAGUUAACUUGCAUGUAAAAUCUCUUUUUUGAUAAACUCUUAUGAGCUCAAGUAAACUUUGAUAAAAUUAGUAAAAUCUUGAUUUUAUCUCACUCUCAAGUUUGACAACAUAGGAUGUCAGUUAAAUGGUAAGAGUCUCGUUUGCUAUCUCAACUUAAUUCAAAUAUACUUAAAUACAGAUACAAUUUUGUUUUUUGUUCAAGUAACCUAAUGACUAGAAUUCACUUUAAGUUAAGUGUUUGGGGUUUGAACGCCGACCUCUGCAUAUAACAAUGCAUUUUUACUACCAUCUGAGUUAUGUUCACGAAGACUUUUUCACUUUCUCUUUAUUUUAAGCAACAUGGAAUACAU